ACAUAGUUUAGUUGUUCCUGUCUUUAACUUUUGUUGGAGUUACUUUGUUUUUGAGUUGCAGGUUCAUUGACAUGGCAGUGGAAUAUGAAGUUGAGCAUCCAAGGAAGGCUUACGGAUGGGCAGCUAGGGAUUCAUCUGGUCUUCUCUCCCCAUUUUUCUUCUCUAGAAGAAAAACAGGAGAAAAAGAUGUGACAUUCAAGGUGUUGUAUUGUGGAAUAUGUCAUUCCGACCUUCACAAGUUGAAGAAUGAUUGGAAUGAUUCAAUUUAUCCUCUUGUUCCUGGGCGUGAGAUUGUUGGAGAAGUAAUGGAGGUGGGAAGCAAAGUAGAAAAGUUUAAGAUUGGAGACAAGGUUGCAGUGGGAUGUUUGGUUGGGUCUUGUUCCUCAUGCCAAAAUUGUGUCAACAAUCUUGAGAAUUACUGCCAACAAGCGAUUCACACAUUUGGUUCCAAGUAUGUGGAUGGUAGCAUUACAUAUGGGGGUUUCUCUGACUUCAUGGUUGCAGAUGAGCACUUUGUUGUCAAGAUUCCAAAUGGCCUACCUCUUGAUGCUGCUGCACCUCUCCUUUGCGCAGGGAUUACAGUCUAUUCACCUUUGAGAUAUUUUGGCCUUGACAAACCUGGUAUGCACCUCGGAGUGGUUGGCCUUGGUGGAUUGGGCCAUCUAGCUGUGAAGUUUGCAAAAGCCCUUGGCUUGAAAGUCACUGUCAUUAGUACCUCUCCUGGUAAGGAACAAGAAGCCAUUCAACAUCUUGGAGCAGAUUACUUUGUGUUAAGUAGAGACCAAGAUCAAAUGAAGGCUGCAAAUUGCACCUUGGAUGGUAUAAUCGACACUGUUUUUGCGGUUCAUCCUCUAAUGCCUUUGAUUGAUCUUUUGAAGUCUCAUGGAAAGUUAGUGACAGUUGCAACACCAGAAAAACCUCUCGAGUUGUCACUUUCGUCUUUAGUUUUGGGGAGAAAAAGUAUAGCGGGUAGUUACUUUGGAGGAAUAAAGGAGACACAAGAAAUGAUAGAUUUCGCAGCAGAACACAAUGUUAGACCUGAAAUUGAGGUUAUUCCAAUGGAUUAUGUUAACACUGCAAUGGAGCGUCUACUCAAAGCUGACGUUAAAUAUCGUUUUGUGAUUGACGUUGGCAACACAUUGAAGCCCUACCCUUCUACUGCUUUCCACUGAUUCACCUUCACUUAUGAAACAUACAGUGACCAC